AUGCGUCCUAUCGGCUUCCUGUCUGUUUCGGCCUUUUUUGGCCUCGCUAGUAGCACUCCGGUCGAUACUGCCCUGCAGCGGCGAGCUAUUGUCGCCCACGAUUCACUUGGACCGGUUCUUCCUAGGACUCAGGGUGGAAAGAUCGGCAAUUCCAUGGAGCGCUUCCAGCCUUGCCUCCAUAUCGCCCAUGGCUGCCAGCCAUAUACUGCCUCGAAUGAUGCGGGGGAUAUCAGUGGUGGAUUUCAGGAUACAGGAAACCCGAGUGCAGGCUGCAGAGACAAUAACAAAGGCCAGACUUAUGUUCGUGCGGCUUGGCAUAAAGGAAAGUUUGGCAUCAUGUACGCAUGGUAUUUCCCCAAAGACCAGCCCAAUGCCGGUAACGUCAUUGGGGGCCACCGCCAUGACUGGGAAAACGCGGUGGUUUGGCUCGAUAACCCAAAUAACGAUAAUCCCAAAAUUGUCGGAUUUGCAGCUUCUGGACAUGGCAACUAUGCGCGAACCUCUACACCUCUUCGCGAAGGUGACAGGGUCAAAGUUGAAUACUUUACUCAGCUGGGAAUGAACCAUCAACUACAAAUUUCCAACACAAGGGGAGAUACUCAUUGGCUCUCGCAGUGGGAGUCUAUGACAGCCAGAGGCAGGGAAGCCCUCCAGAAUGCUAACUUUGGCUCAGCCAAUGUUCCCUUCAAGGACGGUAACUUCGUCAACAAUCUGGACAAGGCCUUUAUCUAA